AGGACUUCCAACGGGCUCCACAUGAGGCCGCACGGCUCCUUCGAGAAAUGCCCGUAGCAAUGUUUGUUCAAGCUUCGGCAGCGUAGGUUUGAGUCUGUCAACGCCCGUAUGGCGUUACCAGGUUGCCCUUCGGCUGUUCUUUUCGGUGCUGCUGGUGUCAAGUGCGCUCUGCCGAACAGUGGCACCCAGAACCUACGCUCUCCUGCGCGUGGACUCGCUCGGAGCGUGCCUCAAGGUUUCUUGAUUCAGCCGAGCGCGUUGAAGGCCAAUGAUCUGCAUAAUGCUCGCUUUACAUUGGGUACCGCCGCAUUCGCUCUUGCAUUGGUCAACACUGGAAGGACGAGGAGGAAAUUCCAGCCUGCGCGACGUGCCAUAGCUAGCUGCAAUGCUUCAGCGCCGCGCAUGGGUGUUGUCGCGCUUCCGCCGAUAGAAGCCAGAUGCUGUAAUUCUGGCGAUGUUGUAGCUGAGCAGAUGCCUGCGAAUGCAAAGGUAGUUUGGCAUUUCCGGCAUGGUCACAGCACUGGCAAUGAGGCCAAAGCAGCCGCGCGCGCGGCCGACAAAGGAACUGGAUUGCUUGUCCAUGAUGAGGAGUAUCGAGCCAACGAAACGUUGGCAGACGCUCCGCUGACAGAAGAAGGCAAGAAGCAAGCGCUAGAUGCUCAGCAACGUUUAGCCGAAUGGCAGGUGAAGCCUGAACUGGUCGUUUCCUCGUCCUUGACACGCGCAAUACAGACUGCGGCCAUCAUGUUUGAAGAACAUCUCCUCGCGGGAACGAUGCAACUUGUCAUUCGUCCAGAGCUCCGCGAAGUUCACCCGGAUGUGCACGAGAACAGCGGAAGGCCGGUAGAAGAGUUGCGGAAGAGUCCUGACCUGACAGGUUUGCCAUGCUACCGCCAAGUCAUGGCCGCAUUGGCCGACGACGAAGCUGCGGAUUGGCGGGCUGACUGGGACGAGCAGUGGGCUCGGGGUUCCAACGGAGCUUGGCAAGCCCACGUGUCCGACCCCCAGCGCUUGGUCGAUUUCCAGACGUGGAUUGCAGAGAGAUCUGAGACGAGAAUCGCCACAGUCAGCCAUUGGGGCACAAUCAACAAUAUCAUGAAUCGCGAGCCUUGGACGGAAGGCCUUGACAGAGAGCAGGUGCGCGACUCGUGGGGUCCUGAUGCGACGUGGCCAGUUGGCGGUAUUGUGCGCAAGUUUUCGCUCCCGAACUGUGGUUGGGUCGCAGUCCCUCUUUGUGAAAUUUAGCAGUGUUGAGCACUUUGCGUGCUCAUCAUGCUGCUGCCAGCGAAUUGUCUAGCCAUUGAAUUUCAAGUCUGAUCAGAUACACAGUCUUCGAGAUAUCCAAAUGACAUCCAAUAUGAAUCGCUGUAUGCACGCACCGUGUUGUGAAUUUCCUCGUCUUGCUCUUCAGAUGUUCUUCGGUGGGGG